UUCCCCCCCAUUUUUCCCCCACGAAACGCAGUCGAAUAUACAUUACUCAGAACCGCCCCUACAACUGCUUCUGAUCUCAAUCUUUCCGUCUCAGAGAAGCGAUCGGUUUCAAAUAAUGGGUGAGGGUUCGAUGAAUGUUGAGUGGCAGCUUGGUUCUAAAUCAAUUAGGGCGCGGACAUUGCUUCUGGUAGGGAGGACCGGCAAUGGUAAAAGUGCUACUGCCAACAUGAUUCUUGGAAGAAAGGCCUUCAAAUCAAGAGCAAGUCCAUCUGGUGUGACAAGUCAUUCUGAAAUACAGCAAACUGUUUUGAGAGACGGACAGAUUCUCAAAGUCAUUGACACUCCUGGAUUGUUUGAGUUUUCUUCUUUGUCUGAAUUUGUUGGGAAGGAAAUCAUCAAAUCUGUUGAUUUGGCAAACGAUGGCAUUGAUGCAGUCCUCCUAGUUUUAUCUGUUAGAGCUCGAUUUUCGGCGGAAGAAGAAGCUACACUUAGUAGCCUUCUGACUUUAUUUGGAAGACAAAUUAUUGACUAUAUGAUUAUCAUCUUCACAGGGGGCGAUGCACUUGAAGACAAUGGAGAGACCCUGGAAGAUUAUUUGGGUCGAGAUUGCCCAAUACCUUUAAAGGAAAUUCUUGAGCUAUGUAAGAAUAGACGAGUUCUAUUUGACAACAAAACGAAAGACGAUUGUAAGAGAGCCGAACAACUUCAGCAGCUUGCAUCUCUAGUUAACAUAAUCAAAUUAAAUAAUGGUGGACCCCUCAGAGAUGAUUUAGUUUCUAAAUGCAAGGAAGAAGCAGCUAGUUCAGAGCAAAAAAUAUUGGAGGUGAUGGAUCGUAUUAGUUCAUCUUAUGGAGAGCAUUUCAGUAGAACAAUGAUUUUGGAGGCCUUCCUCGUUGCUUUGUUUCUGUACAGGUUCUGCUGCUUCCAUUGAUGUAAAUGCUUAAAAUCCUGGUUUAUUGUCACAACUGUGUACAUG